CCGGGCACUUCCAGCGGUUGGUUUGUUUCGAAGCACAACAAAAACCCGAACAUGGCAAGUUACAAGAAAUCCACGGUUGGUGGCAACAGGAAGAAAGGAGGACCCAAAGCGGAAUUAACUGAGGAACAGAAACAAGAAAUCAGAGAAGCCUUUGACCUGUUUGAUACAGAUGGGUCUGGAACCAUAGAUGCCAAAGAACUCAAGGUUGCUAUGAGAGCUUUAGGCUUUGAACCAAAGAAAGAAGAAAUCAAAAAGAUGAUAUCCGACAUUGAUAAAGAUGGUUCUGGCACUAUUGACUUUAAUGACUUCCUUACAUUGAUGACACAAAAGAUGAGUGAAAAGGACUCCAAGGAAGAAAUUCUCAAAGCAUUUAGGUUGUUUGAUGAGGAUGGAACAGGAAAAAUUUCAUUUAAAAAUCUUAAAAGGGUUGCCAAAGAACUAGGAGAGAAUCUCACAGAUGAGGAAUUACAGGAAAUGAUAGACGAAGCAGACAGAGAUGGUGAUGGAGAAAUUAAUGAACAGGAAUUCCUAAGAAUAAUGAAGAAGACAAGUCUAUACUGAACAAUGCUGCCACUAUUUAUAGACAAUUGACCGAUGGAUUCAGAUAAUAACAGUUGUGUUGAACAGAGGGUGUAUCUAGAGGUCUCUGUGGUAUUAAAUCUAUUAUAAAGUUGUUACACAGAGCCCAGCAACAAAUUAUUUGAACAUAAUGUAAUAUGUCAAAGUGAGGUAUACUCAGACAGGUGCACUCAAAAAUCUUCUCGUCAGGUUGAUGAAUGGAGACUUUGCUCAUCCUUUGGAAGCUUGCACUUUUCCCUUUGACAUUUGAAUUUUUUGUGCAUUUACUUACAUCAAGAACUUCAACUGUAAUAUGAAAUUAUUAGUGUUUUCAAGCCUUUGCUCCAUGACAAGAUUACCAGUUGAAUGGACAGAUAGAUAUUUAUAAAAAAAAAUCAAAUAUUGUGCAGACAAGCAAAGGAGUGCAGGGGCACAAUAUCCAGAUACUUUGUUCCCAAAGUUGCGCUGUGAUUGACGUUAUCACAAUUGUCUUAUACAAGUCCCCCAUCUCAAUACAAAACGGACAUAUUAGGACUUUGAUUAAGUCUUUGGAUCUAUAUCUUUUUACACUAAUUUCUGUGGAAAAAACUGACACAUGAUAUUUUGACAUUCCAACAGCCAGAGAUGCAUGUAUAUAGCAUAGCUCCAAAUGUUAAAAUAGUCAUUAUAAGACCGUUGUAUGUAUAAUAGCAUUCUAACUUUUAUGUGGUAUUAUAUUUUUAUGACGUUUUUU